AUGACUGCCAAGACUUUCGAUUCAGUGGGAGCUGAGCUUGCUGCAGUUUUACCCCCAAACGACAAACCAUGGUACAAGAAGCGGAACCAAGUUUAUCUCAACUUCUGCAUCAUGAGCCUUUUCCUGCUCUCCUCAGGGAACGGCUACGAUGGAUCGAUGCUGAACGGCCUGCUCGCUCUCACACCUUGGCAAUCGUUCAUGAAAAAUCCCACAGGCGCUUGGCUCGGAUUCAUCAGCGGGGCACAAAACCUCGGCAGCAUAGCAUUCUAUCCCGUGGUCGCAUGGGCGUCUAAUCGAUUUGGCCGGAAACCCACCAUCUUCGCCGGUUACUUUUUCCUCUGCCUCGGGGCGGGUUUGCAGACCGGGGCUACCAACGUUCCGAUGUUUGUCGUGUCGCGGCUCAUUGUCGGUAUUGCGAGUGCCUUCUUCGGCGGUUGCGUACCUCUUUUGAUGACAGAGACGGCUUAUCCCACCCAUCGUGGUAUUAUCACCAGCCUCUACAUGUGCGGAUGGUACGUCGGCUCGUUCCUCGCUGCGUGGGCCGCAUUCGGUACCCGCAACUACGACAACUCAUGGUCUUGGCGGAUACCAUCAAUCCUCCAAGUACUGCUCCCCGUGCUUGCACUCCCUGGGCUCGUCAUGAUGCCCGAGUCACCCCGUUUCUUCGCCUCCAAGAAGCGAGACCACGAGACCCGAGCAUUCCUCGUUAAGUACCACGCAGAAGGUGACGAGUCUUCCCCACUGGCUGCGUUCGAGCUCGCAGAAAUCACGCGAAGCAUCCAGAUGGAGUCAGAUUAUCAGAAGCAGACAUCGUACCGAGACAUGGUUGCGACACCUGCCAACCGCAAGCGGACAUUCAUCACCGUCUUCCUGGGAAUCUUUGUUCAGUGGGCCGGCCAGAACGUCGCAGGAUACUAUUUGCCGCCGGUUCUCGCCACCAUCGGUAUCACGACCUCCACCCAGCAGACGCUCGUCAAUGGUUUCCUGCAAAUCUGGAAUCUCGUGUGCGCUCUGGUCGGUGCGUUCAACGUCGACCGCUUUGGGCGUCGUUUACUUUUCCUCGCGGCCACCGGUGGCAUGCUUUUCUCUUAUAUCCUGAUCACUGCACUUUCCGCUACCUUUGCCAACGAGGGUUCGGCUGCGGUCGGAACCGCUGUUGUCCCGUUCCUCUUUCUCAUGUACGGCUCAUAUCCUGUCGAAAUCUGGCAGUACAGCCUGCGCUCACGUGGCCUGUCUGUGAUGUGGAUUUCGACGGCGACAGCUGUGUUCUUCAACAUUUUCAUCAACCCUAUCGCACUCGAGGCUAUUGAAUGGAGAUACUACCUCCUUUACGUGUUUAUCCUCGCUGGUGGAGGGGUCGUCAUUUAUUACACAUUUCCCGAGACGCGAGGUCAUACCCUGGAGGAAAUAGCGCGCGUCUUUGACGGAGAGAAUGUGGACGUUGCCAAGGAAGACAAACACGAAGAGGACACUAAGACAACAGAGACUACCCAUCACGUUGACCACAUCGACAAAGUCUAG